AUGUUCCGUAAGCCAUCUCACAGCCUACGAGAAGGUAGACGGCCCAGUCGCUUUCUCCACGUCUCCAAUGGUAUGGCUGGAAUGAUAGUUGGAUUUUCAAGGGAUGCAUCGUAUGCCUUCUUUGGACUUGGAAAUCUUCGGGUCGAGUUCUACAUGGUGCUAAGCGACGGGACUGUCAUUCAAGACCUCGAUUACUUGGACGAAUCCACAAUCAUCGACUGUCCGGACGCUGUCACGGGCAUAUGGAACAGCACAAAACGCAGCUAUUCCUUCCACGUUCCAAAGGACAUGAAGCACGCAACUGUCAAGUGGAACACGCCCGCAGGAAAGGGGACGUUGUCAAUAACUUCAGCUUCACAACCCCAUUUUCCCGACGGCUCCAUCUGGCCUUCAAAGUCCGCAAACACAGAGAUGGCUCCGUGCCUGCACAUGAACCAGCCAAUUGCAGGAGGCCGAGUGGUGGCAGAUAUCACAUUAUCAAAGGCAAAGAGAUACCAGCUCAACGGAGUAGGUGGACAUGGUAGAUUGUGGGCCGAAGGGAGCUGGUUUCAGAUUGUCGACGGUUUCCACAUUGUGCGGGCGAAUGCUGGGCCGUACAUUAUAUCUUACUGGAGGCCGAUAUCUCGGCUCAUCAAAGGGGCCGUUUAUCAUUCAGCCCAGCUCUUCAAAGACGGGAAGAUGCUUGCAGCCACGCAGUAUGGGGAGAAAUCUCAGAGCAAAGAUUACUUUUUGUUCUCGAACGAUUUUAACGGCCCAGUCUCUGGGGGUCUGACCGACAAGUCCACCGGCCAUGUGCUCGAAUUCGUGUCUCCCAGCCGAGACAAACGCUGGCGGUUCCUCGUGGAGCAUAAGAGGAAGAAAUUCGAGAUGGGACUCGGCGGCGAGUCGGGGCUUUCCGGGUUCACGAAUCGGGUUACUGGCGGGGAGGUAGGAGGACAGCAGUACGAAGGGCAUGGGUUCUCAGAGCAAACCGUCUUUCCCGAGCGGAUUGCUCAAUGGCGGAUUUGGAUUGUAUAUGGAAUUGGCUAUUUCAACCGCGGAAAGGGCUUCUUGCUGGGCAUCGCGCGGUGGCUGACAUAA